UAAAUGUGGAAGAGCCAAGAGGUCAAAACGAUUGCGUUUUAAGGUAGAGUUUGUCGCUAGUGUUUCCUCCACAUAUGAUCCAUGUUUAGCAAAACUCAUCCAACACUGCAAAGUAUCAUUACAACUUUAAGAACACGAAAAGAAAAAAAAAAAUGUCGUGGUUAGCUAGAUCCAUUGUCAACUCGCUCAAACUCGACGAAGACGACGACGGCCACGCCAAUGCCGUCCCGAAUCCGAAACUUGAAUCCGAUCCACAACCCAAACAGUUGUCUCCCACCCAUUCCCAUUCCUCAUCGGAUCCCAACUCUCCACGUGGCGUCAAAGAAGACCUCUCCGAGCUCACCAAAACCCUAACCCGCCAAUUCUGGGGCGUCGCCUCCUUCCUCGCCCCUCCUCCCCCGCCGUCAAUGGACCAACCGCCUGAUCACACGGUGGAGGAGGAAAAAUCUCUCCGGCCGCUGUCCGAUGAUGCGGAGGAGUUGUCCGAUGAGGCAUUGAUAGCGGGAAUCCGUAGCGAUUUAUCGGAGAUUGGCGGGAAAUUCAAGACUGGAAUCUCGAAGUUGUCUAACAAUAUUGCCGUCUCUGAGUUCACUAAGAUCGCUUCGAAUUUUCUUCAGUUUGGAUCCGAGGAAGAAAGUCUUGAAAAAUACGAGAGUGGAAACGUUGUCGGUUUAACUGAAGAAGUGGUCGCCUUUGUUAGGGAUAUCGCGAUGCAUCCAGAAACUUGGCUCGAUUUUCCUGUGCGUGAUGAUGAUGAUUUUGAUGAUUUUGACAUGUCUGAUGCUCAACAAGAACAUGCUUUAGCUGUUGAGCGUCUUGCCCCAAGAUUAGCUGCUCUUAGGAUUGAACUUUGCCCUGGAUAUAUGAGCGAGGGUUGCUUUUGGAUGAUCUAUUUUGUACUUCUGCAUCCUCGGCUAAAUAAACAUGAUGCAGAACUUCUGUCCACUCCCCAAAUAGUUGAAGCAAGAGCAAUGUUAAUGCAAGGGUUACAGCACCGAGCUAAGGCAAGGAUGGCCGAAGAUCAUUCUGAAAGUGGCACUUCAAGUAUAAUGGCUGAUUUACCAUGUGAAGAGUCUAUUUCUGUAAAUUCUGUCACUCAAUCUACGCCAGUGCCACUCAAGGCAUCUGGAACUGAAAUAGCCGCAACUGCUGUAGCUGUUGAAAUUGAAAAAGAAAUGCACCCAGUUCAGAGUACUGAGAUGCAGGUUGUUGACAAGUCUGUCAUCGAGGAAGGGCCAAUGAAGGAGACCAAACAUCAAUAUUCGGCUUCUGGUUCCUCUGGAAUUUCUAUUGAGAAAUUUGAAGAUGAUGCUGAUGACUGGUUAAAAGAGGAAACUUCAGAGGUAGUUGGCACUGGUGCUACCACAAUCCCUCUUGGAAAUGAUGAGGAUGUUUCAUUCAGUGAUCUUGAGGAUGAUGACGAUGUGCCAAUAAGUUACAAGAAAGUGACAUCUGGUUCUGAUUCUUCAACAAAAGACUCAAGAGAUUGGGUUCAGCUUGGCAGAAGCUCUACAGACUCAGGUAAAGACGUUGGCUGUGCUGGUGAUAAACAUUAUGGGUCUGAACAGGUAAGUACUCGUAACCCUGAAACCAAGGAAUCAAAUGACUGGCUUGAUAUCGAAGAGAUCAUGUGAACCAAGAUUCUUCUUGCUUAUAACACUGUGAAUAUUGUUGUGUAUGGCUUCUUCAGUACGAGCUAAGGCUAUGGAAACUAUGUGUUUUGUACAUAAAACCCUGUCAAAAUUGGAUAAUUACAUGCUGAUGCAAUAUUCAUGUAAUUGUCUAAUAAAUUCAGCACCUACCA